AUAUGUUUUAUGCAGGGUUAGACAAGAAUAAAAAUGAAUAUUAAAUGAAGAAUGUUUAAUAAGAACAACAAGGAACACCUGUACAAUCAAAUAGAAAAUCUUCAGCAUCUGAUAAAUCAAAGCCUGCAAGUGCAAAACCUCCAAAAGUAUUAAAAGAUGCUGGUUCUAAGGCUAUUAAUUAUCCAUAAAUUACUCAUGAUAUUUUAGAUUAAUAAACAGCCAAUUUGAUUUUGAAAGAUCUUCCAAUAGGUAAUAAAAUAAUAAUAAAAUUUAAAUAAUAGGUUAACCAUCAUAACAAUUUGAUGCAGUUGAAGCUUUAUUAAAUCAACAUAAAAUAUAAAAUUAGAGUCCCAUCAGAAGUAGUUAAAAGGAUAGUGGAAAUUCAAAGGAUUUAAAUAGUGCUAUGGCAAGAAGAUUAGCAGAUGUUGAAAAAUUAUCAUAAAAUCAAAAAUUAGAAUUGAAAGAGAAAUACUAAAUAAUUGAAUAAUUGAGAGAGAAAGUAUAAGAAUUAACAGAAAUAAAUAGAAAAUUAGGUAGUGGAGAUAAAUAAGCAUAUAUGAAUGAGAUUAAUAAUUUAAAAGAAGAAAAUUAAAAGAAAUAAAAGAAAAUAGAAGAUAUGGAGAAGUUCUUAUAAAAAUAUGGAGUAAAGUGGGUUGGUGAUAAAAUAAGUGAUGAGGAUGAUAAAAAGAUGAAACAAAUGGCUUCAGAUAUGAAAUAAAUGAAACCAUUAUUUAAUUAUCAUUUACCAAAGGAGAUUUCAAUAGAUGUAAUAAAAAGAAGGAUAGAUGAAUUAAAUUAUAUAAUGGAGAAAGAUGGAGCUAAUUAAAUAGUAAAGAAUGCAAAUGGUAUGCAUUAAUUUUAAAAAAUGGAACCAGUACCUAUUGGAUUUUAUAAAAAUGGAAUUGCAAUGAGAGGAUAUAAAUUUUUUAGUUAUGGUUCAAAUGAUGCUUAUUAAAUAUUGGCAGAUAUAUUAGAGGGUUAUUUUCCAUAUUAAUUAAAGUAAUUUAUAAUUAAAAAUAUUAAUAGAUAAUAAUUUCCAAAUGGUACACCAUUAAAAUUAAUUGACAAGACUGAAGAAGUCUAUGAGGCAAAAGCAGAUGAUAAAAAAUAAUGUGGAUAUGAAGAUUUAGCAGAGAAAUAAUUGAAACCAAUGAAUAAAGAAUAAUUUUUAGAGGUAUGUAAAUUAUAUAUUAUAUUAUUUUAGUAAUUGCCUGAAUGUGUUAUUAAAAAUGGUAAAAUCAUACCUAUUAGAUCAGAUAUAGAAAAAAGAUUAUCUGGAUAACCAAAUUUAAAUGCAACAUAAUAAUUAAGAUCAGCAGGAUGCAGAUAAGAUCCAAUAGAUGGUAAUUGGAUAGUAGAUACUGAUGCAUAAAGAAAAGUUGAUAAUGGAGAAGAAUUAGAAGAUGUAUGUACAUUGAAAUUUAGAACUGAAACAGGAAAAUAUAGUUUAAUUGCUUUAAUGUAUGGAAAAUAAAGGAUUUGUGAUAUGUAUUAGAUGGUUUCAGGAUUAAAAGAAUAUUAGGAUAGAAAUAUUUAAAUAAUAUUGAAUUUUCCUCGAACUAUUUUUUAGAAAGAUGAUUAAACAACUUUAGAAGAUGCAGGAUUGAUGCCAAGUGCAUAAUUAUUUUUCAAUUUAAUAUGA